GGUUGGUUUCCUGUCUGUGGAACUGAAUUGUUACUCCGUUACUAACGGAUACAUUCUGUUUUAGAAUUCUGCCUGGAUCGUUCGAAUGCUCGCGCUACUCUUUGUCUUGUGAAGUCUUCCUGACAGCCGGCCUUUAUUCGUAUCUAUAAAAGUUACUUUAAGAGGUCACUUAGUUUAAGUAUUUGGCUCACUGCUGCUGAUGUUUUCUUCCGGGAGAGAAUUUUCCGGUUCUCUGCCCUUGACUGCUAAAGACAUAACUUAUUGGGUCUCAGUUCCUUGGCUGUGAGCGAACUUCAAAGAAGAAAUUGGUGAAUGGAGAUCUGCGGACUAACUAGGUCUUUGCUACGAUCUUUGAAAGAACAAACUAGAUUCACUCUUAAAGUCAGUCCUCUUAAAUUAUCAUAUUUCAAAUAUGGUUCCAUAUGUAGGAUUUCAAAGCCCUGUGCACAUAAAAGAAGUAUUUCUGCACUUCGUACGCGUGGGUUGGAAAUUCAGCCCCAACAAAUCCCUCAACUCAGGUCCAGCAGACAGUCAAAUGGAUGGCGAUACUACAGCACGGACCCUUCACAAACUACGCUUGUCAGUGUGGUUCCAGUGUUUUCCAUAAUGAGAUAUGACAAAGCUGGGAAUGUAAGCUUCUUUGAACGAAAGAAGACUGAACUGUACCAGGAACUUGGUCUUCAAGCCCGAGAUUUACGAUUUCAACUUUUAACAAGCAUUAAUACGAGGAAUAAUUGCAUCAUCCUAAGAAUGGAGAUUAUCAAGGCUGUAAUUACCCCGGAGUAUCUUCUUAUUCUGGACUAUCGGCAAUCAAAUCUGGAGCAGUGGCUUUUGAAGGACCUAGCAUUGCAAUUAGCUGGAGAUGGACAACUGGUUACGUACUCUUUGCCUUUUGAAUUCCGAGCCAUAGAAGCAAUACUUCAGCACAGGAUUAGCUUUCUGCAAUCAAGACUAAAUGAGUUACAACCUCAGAUACUAGAGAUGUUAGAAGCCCUGGUGGAUCCCAAACAGUUAUCAAUUGAUCGAAGCAAGCUACAUGUCUUACUUCAAACCAGUAAAAACCUAUCUGAGUUGGAGACGGAUAUAAAGGUCUUCAAGGAGGCAUUACUGGAGAUUCUAGAUGAAGAGAAACAGAUAGAAGAGCUUUGCCUCACCAAAUGGAGUGAGCAACAUGUUUUUGAGCAGAAUAAUACAGGAAUUAACCCGGCGGAAGAGAUGGAACUGCUUCUUGAAAGCUAUUACCGACAGGCUGAAGACUUGGCCAAUUCAACACGAGAGCUGAAACUGUUAAUAGAUGACUCUGAGAGCAUCAUUUUUAUCAACUUAGACAGCCACCGUAAUGUGAUGAUGCGUUUGAAUCUCCAAUUGACAAUGGGAACGUUUUCAGUUUCCCUCUUUGGAAUUCUGGGAGUUGCAUUUGGCAUGAAUUUGGAAUCUUCCUUUGAAGAGGACCCCCGGCUCUUCUGGUUGAUAACAGGAAUAAUGUUUCUAGGGAGUGGGCUAAUGUGGCGACGCUUACUAUCCUUUCUGGGUCGACAUCUUGAGCCUCCAGCACCUCCACCGAUGCCAUCCAUCCUGAAAAGAUCACAGCUGACUGGUGGAAGAAUAGACCUGAGACAUGGCUCCAAAUGAACUUGCAGCUUUGCCAGAACAUUCAUAACUGUCUGCGCAAGCAGCAUAUAGUAGCACAGCACUAGAAAUAUAAUUCACACACAAUACUUGCAAAGCCUUCCACAAGCACCAAUUUGAUUUUUGAAACAUAACUUAUGUAUUGUGGAUCAAAGGGCCGAUGCUCUGAGGACUCGUAUAAAUCCACAGUAAGCGCAGUCAGCCUCAACUUCUUGUGGCAUUACAGCAUAAAGCCUAUGAUGAUGUAAGUCAUAAGGCAGUUGAAAAAAAUGAAUUUCACAAGCAAUAAUAAUGUGCUGUCCGCACUGAAGUUAAUUAACUAAGGGUUAAUAUUUUUUGUCAUCUAUUCCUUGUGUUAAAAGCAACAUGACAUCCACACCUUAUUUAUUUUUUCAUAAUUCAUUAUCCAACACAGAAGUGCCUUGAUGGUAGUAAGUGUGGCCUUUGGCACCUCCUGUAUCACCAUUUUUUAGCUAAGAGUUGUAGAUAGAUGAUGUACAUUCCAAUGUUUGCCAGUCCUGCUGUAUAGCAGCUAGGAGACAUAUACAAUUGACUUUGGGAGAUACUAGCCAUUUCACAAAGCCCCCCCCCCCCCCCCCCAACUCCCAUUUGAUCUUGUCCCCACUCUCAGAAUCAAUUAGCUUUGGGAAUUUGAUGCAGGAAGAAUGGUGGCACAGGUUGUGUAUAUAUUGCAGUGUCCUGGUUGUUGAAGAAUGACUAAUACUGCUCUUUUUAAAAAAAAAUCUGUUGUACUGUAUGAAUAAAAUUUAAAUUCGAGAGAAAUAUUUCCCUACAUCUGUGCUAAAUGUAAACAUUCAAUAUCAAUUAGCUUUAUAUCAUCAGAGGCUAUAUGCAAACGCUAUUUCCAAAAGCAUAAAACUCCAGUCGAAAUUAAUGACUAUUAAUGCACCACUCUUGAGUGUUUGGCCUAUUUUAUCAAGUCAGUGAGUAUUUUGACACUAAUCAUGAUGUAGUUAUGUGCACUAGUACAACACAGGAGACCAUUUGACCCAUUAUGUUUGUAUUGGCUCUUUGACAGCUAUCCUCUUAGUCCCACUCCCCUGCUCUUGCCCCAUAGCCGAUUUUAUCCCCUUCAAGUAUUCAUCCAGUUCUCUGUUCAAGUUACUAUUAAAUCUGCUUCUGCCACCAGUUUGGGCAGUGCUUCGUAGGUUAAAAUAAUUAGCAGCAAAAAAUGGUUCUCCUCAUCUCACCUCUGACUCUUGAAUAUGUGUCUUGUGGUUACUGACUUUAGCAAAUGGAAAUAGCUUUUCCUUACUUUAUCAAAACCCUUCAUGAAUAUGAAUAUCUCACUUAAAUUUCCCCUUAACCGUCUCUGGUCUAAGGAGAACAAUCCCAGCUUCUCUAGUUUAUUCACAUAAUUGAAAUCCCUCAUCUCUGAUACCAUUCUAAUAAAUCAUCUCUGCAUUCUCCAAAAAUCUUGACACCCCUCCUAAGGUUUGUUGACCAUAAUUGGGCCUAACUAGUGAUUUAUAAAGGUUUUUUCACAAUUUCCUUGCUCUUGUACUCUUUGCCUCUAUUAAGAAAUCCAAAGAUCCUGGAUACCUUUUUAAACAGCCGACUUGCUGCCACCUUCAAAGAUUACGUAAACUUCCAUUCUCUCUGUUCGUGAAUCCCCUUUAAAAUGGUACUAUUUGCUUCAUAUUGCUUCUCAUUUUCCCUUCCAAAAUGUAUCAGUAGAGCGGAGGACUAUAGAAAACUUCACACUUCUCUGCAGUAAAUUUUAUCUAUCAUGUGGCUGCCCAUUUCACCAGUCUAUCUCCCCUGAAAUUUGCUGCUAUCCUCUUUGCUCCUUAAUGUCUUUCUAAGUCUCAAGUCAUCUGCAAACUUUUAAGUUAUAGUUUGUGGCCACAAGCCUGCGUCAUUCAUAAAUAUCAACUCCUAGUGGACACCAUGGUAUGCUUCCCUCCAGUCUGAAAAACAACUAUUCACCACUACUCUGCUUUCUGUUACUCAGCCAAUUUUGUAUCCAUUGCUGCCACUGCCCCUUUAAUCCCGUGAGCUUUAAUUUUGCUAGCAAGUCUAUUGGGCCUUUUGAAAAUCCACAUACACAAAAUCAACUGCACAACCCUCAGCAAAUGUCUCUGUUACUUCAUCAAAGAACUCAGUCAAGUUAUUCAAAUGCAAUUUUAUUUUAAUAAAUCCCUGCUAACUGUCAUUGAUUAAACCCAAGUUUUUCCAAGUGACAAUUAACCUUGUCUCCGAUUAUUAUGUCAGAAAGUUUCCACAUCACCUACGUUAGACUGACUAGCCUUUAGUCCCCUGGCUUAUCCCCCUCUGCUCUUUUGAACAGGGGUAUAACAUUUGCAACCCACCAUUCUCUGGCACACUGGAAGAUUAUAGCCAGAUCUUCUGCCAUUUCCAGCCUUGUUACAUUCAACAAUCUUAAAUACAUCCCAUCCAGAGUGGGGAAUGUUCUACUUUGAGUGUUACCAAUGUUUUAAGUACUUCCUCUUUAUCUAUUUUUAUUCUGUCCACUUUCUCGACCAGAGUAAUUUUUUCGCUAUUGAACCUGUGUUUUUCACUUGUUGGCCUCUGUCAGAAGAUUUCAUGGCCGAGGUAGGGGGGGAGCAGGGGGCAGGGUCAUGUCUGGUCAUGAUGCUUCAGCUAUUUGACUGAAGAAUUAGUUAUUAAACCAGCCUGUGCAUCUGCACUCCUAAUUCAUGACAUUUUUACUCCUGUCAGGCAUAGUAUAGGUGUACAAAAUUAUCACUUCAGAUUUCAGUAAAUUGUGAUAGUGUGAAUGUGAAAUUUUCAUGGUUUCCAUUCGAACUCUGACAUCUGAAACGCUGUCAUUUUGCUGAUCCAACCUUGGGUCAUGGCUGAAGGAGCUUGAAGGGCCAAAUGCCCUAAUGCUGCUUCUAAGCCCUGUUUUCCUAUGAAGGCAUAUUAAAUUGUGUGGCAAUGGUAAGAGCAAUUUUGAAACAGUGUAUAAUACAACAUAGUAAUAGUGUAACAGUGGAUUCAGCCCCAUGUAUACAAAUCCUUGCAAUCCAGUAAACAGAUACAAAAAAAUCAAAAACUGAUGUUGACUUUAUCUCAAGAGGGCUGGAAUAUAAAGGGGAACAAUUAUGCUUCUGUUGUUUGAGCCACAGUCAGACCCUAUCUGGAGCACUGUGGUCAGUUUGAGACACCGCAUCUCAGGAAAGAUAUUAGCCUUGGAAGGGUGACAAUGCAGAUUCACCAGAAUGACCCUGGGGGCUUAUAAGUUUAAAUUACAUGGUUAAAUUGCAUAGAACAUUUGAGACGUGAUCUAAUCAACGUGUAUAAAAUGAUAAAAGGAUUCAAUGAGGUAGAUAAAGAGAAACUACUUUUUCUGCUGAUUGAAUUCAGAACAAAGAUGCAUAUCUUAAAAUUAGAGCUAAAAUGUUCAGGAGUGAAAUCAGGAAGUGUGUUUUCACACCAAGUGUAGUAGAAAUCUGGAAUCUCUUCCAAGAAAUGUUGUGCACCCUAAGUCAAUUGGAACUUUCAAGUCAUAAAAUUGCUGAAAUUGUUGAAUGUGAACAUGUUGAGAAGCAUUUCAAAAAUAAGAUUUUGACAUCCAUCUUCAUUUUUCAUAAUGCCUGUAUCAUCUUUUUAUUAAUCUGAAUAAAAUCUCAGCUCUGAGGGUCUAACUCUA